GGAGGGUAGCAACAGCAGCAGUCUCGACCGCCUACUUAGUGCAGCAGCUGCUCAUGAAAACAUGGAUCUGCUGAGCGACCUCAUCGACAACGCCGAAAAGACCCACUCCAGCCUCGGCAAGCGGCCGGCUCCCUCCAAGCCGCAGCCGCAGGGAGAUGAUCUUUUCCAGGCGCUCGCCCACGCCCUCAGCGCCCUGCACCAGCGGCUGUGCCACGAGUCCGCGGAGGUGCGCUCGAGCCUCGAGAUCGAGGUCCGGGUGGGACUCAUCUCACAGCACGAUCGCCUCGAGAGGGCGACUCCGGGCAUCCCGGGGUCGGGAGCCGUGCAGAUGGACUCCGACAUGAUGCGGCAGCGGGGGCUGCGGUUCGUCUCCGGCGUUAGCGCUCCCGCCUUCGACGCCGUCAAGGAGGAGGUCGGUCGGCGGUACGGGGUCGCCGAGCGCGCCAGCAAGGAGGUCGUCUACGUCUACGACUCCGGGCAGAUGCGGGACCAGCGGGUGGUGGCGGAUGGGGUGAACCCGCUCCGCUGCGAGCGGAAGGAGGCGCGGCAGCAGGUGAACUUUCAGCUGGCGGCGGCCCAGUACGACCUCCGGGUGCAGGCGUCCCUGGAGCAGCCGGUGCCGCCGGAGGCGGUGCCCGGGCUGCAGCCCGGCAGCAGCGAGCCUCCACAGGGCUGGUCCGGGAGGAGAACCAAGCGGAGGUUUUCGUUCAAGUCGGACGCGAACACGCCGGAGGACGAGCGGUGGAUCUGGAGGGCGGACCUAACGCUCGUCGAGGAGGUCAGCAACGGCCCGCAGCGCGGCGGCGGCGUGAGAGUGGUAAGAGAGGUGGAGCUCGAGCUGCUGCCCGCUGCGAGGGACCGCUGGCUGUCGCUCUCCCAGCCGCAGGAGGUUAUCGCCAUGACCUCGCACGUGGCCACGCACCUGGUCCACCUGCUGGAGUCGAUCAACCCCCUCGAGCCGCUGUCGGCGAUAGCCAACCCGGUGCCCGAGCAGGACGACGGGAUCAGGAAGGCCGUCGCGGCGGCGUGCGCGCAGCUCAAGAGGCCCACGGGGAAAGGGUCCAGCUUCCCGGGGGCCCAGCCGGUGAAUAUGUGCAAGCGCAACGUCCCGGACGUGCAGCGGGGCUCCUACCUCGUCGCCGAGAAGACGGACGGGGUCAGGUACCUCAUGAUGGCCGUGGGCACGGAACGAGGCGCCACCUGCGUGCUGGUGGACCGGUCGAUGAACGUCUUCCGGGUGACGGGGGGCGGGUUCCUGGCCGGGAUCGUCGGGGUCGGCACGAUCCUCGACGGAGAGCUCGUGCACAACCGGACGAUGAAGAAGGCCAUCUUCGUCGCCUUCGACAUCCUGCGAAAUCGGGAACGGAACCUGGUGCCGUGCGGGUUCCUGGAUCGGCUGUCCGUCCUGCAGAAGGAGAUCAUCCCCGCCUACGUGGACCGGGUCCGCGAGGGAGGCGCCGAGGCCGCUCCGGACGGGCACCUCAUGCUCGUCCCGAAGAGGUUCUUCCCGCGGCAGAAGAUCAUGGACCUGUUCCGACAGGUGCUCGUCGAGGGGCAGCACCGCAUCUUCCGCGACGAGGAGCGGUCGCUGCACCACAAGACGGACGGCAUCAUCUUCCAGCCGGACGCGCCCUACAAGGUAGGCACAGACACGGCCCUGCUCAAGUGGAAGUGGGUCGACCUCGCCUCUGUGGACCUUAGAGUUUACCCGGCGACAGCAGCGGUGGGCGGGGGGGGCGGUGUGCGCCUCUGCUCCGAGGCGGGGAACCACGGCGAGGAGGUGGACCUGUCCAGGACCGUGAACCUCUCUGAGCACGACCAGGCGAGGCUGGUGGCCGACAUGCAGGGCAGCCGGUCCGUGAUCGCCGAGGUGGCGCUAGACCCUGGGUCCGGGCUGUGGGUGUACAUGGGGCUGAGGCCGGACAAGGACCGCCCGAACUUCAUCACGACCGUCAUCUCCACGAUGGUGGAGGUGGCGGAGGGGCUGUCGGAAGAGGAGCUCAAGUACCGCAUGCUGGCGGAAUCGCCAGCAUCCGACGACUGGGCGAGGCAGGAGAUGACGAUGCGAAAGCGCGCGGUGCAGUGGCAGUACAAGAGGAAGUCUACGCCGCCGCAACAGCUUCAGCAGCCGCCACCACCACCACCCCGGUAGCGAGGGGGGGACAAAGUAGCAGGCUAGAAUCGUGGGAAUAGCAGGUCUGGUAGGAUGGAGCUGGAGGCUGGGUUUGAGGAGGGGGUAAGGGUCAUGGCGGCGACGGUGGUAGCGGUAGAAAACAACCGCCGUGUAGAGUUUGGGUGAAAUAUUGUUAUCUUUAGUUUUUUUUGUGUCGAUCUUGUGUUUGAGCGUUCAAAGUUUUUCUGUUGUAUUCUUUAGCUUUUUUGUACGACUGCUGUGGUGUAGGUGUUUGGCGUUCGAUUUUUAGCUUCCUUUGGUUGGGUAGAUACCGCGGCGUGGACUUUUGGUCUGUUUGACGAAAUAUGCGGUUCGACCGACACUCCGAGUAUCGUGGCGUUUUCUAGCCGCGGUAAGACUUGGACGUAAUUCAAGUUACCCUGCCACUGGUCAGGCGCCACUGGUCAGGCGACUGAUGCCGUGCGACAUCUCCUACCGCUUCACGAUGUAUCCUGAAUUGGUGUGUGUUCGCUCGUCAUUUUUGUGCACGAUCUGCUCUGUGUGAAUCAUUGUUCUCAACGCAAAACCUCGCACCCAUGGCUUCUUUGCUCGCGUCCUCCACUCGUUCGAAACAAUAUGCGCCCACUGCACGCUCGUCAAUGGGGUGGUGCUUUACACGUUGAAAGGAAACCCAUGUGUUUGUCAGCACGGAUUCUGUCUCAUGCCUUUUGUUCUGUCUGGAGUUGGUGAGGAUUUUCUUCGAUAUCCCAGUAAUGAAAUUUUUGCCAACCCCUGUCGGCGCUAUUCCCAUGCUCAGUAGAGAUUGGGUCUCAGUCGAUCUAAAGUAUUUUUUUUCUGUGGAAUUUUCAUGAGCAUAGCCCACCCCUUGCCCGACCGGUCUCAAAAGCCGAUCUCAGCCCACACUGCGAACCUCCCAGAACUACCAGCAGUUCUGUGUAGCUGAGACGAUUUCAAGACUUCUCACUGUUGUUUGAGCAGCUAUCGCUUGCUGUGGCGUGAAAACCGGUUUCUGUCGCGUAGAGAGUCGGUUGUGUGUUGUGUGUGCUGUCUAGCGGGACACUACGGCGUGUGUGUGCGUGCUUUUUUGUUCCUGACGGCUGGGGUCCUACGAGUCGAGUGGGGUAAAGCCCAGCCGCGGGCCCCCGUCCCGCUCGCCUACUGCUGCUCUCUUCCGUGACAUUGCUGUCGAGCAGCACGCGUUCGAGAUCGCCCGCCGUAAACAUGUCUGACGAUAUUUCCCAUGCUGAUCAACUAGCAAGUUGGUGAUGCAAUCAUAGCCCCCAAGAAGCGGAGCUCAGGCACGAGAUGAUAUGGCUCACGGCGGAGCACUCUCGUUUGCCUCGAUUGCGAUGAUCGCAGCUUUGGGCCGCCGGCGCACCCGGGUGCGAGCGAGGGCUGCGGCACUGGGGGAGCAUGUCCCUCACGGCGGCUGCGCAUGACGGCAGUUGAAAGGGAAAGGAGACAUUCGCUUGCUUCUUGUGCCCGACGCUGAUCGGUCACGAGGCCCCCUACUUCUCAUGCUCGACCAGAAGGGAGGAGGCAAGCCCUGGACGGAAAGCCCAGUGUCGUCUACCUCCACGGUGAUGGCAGCAGGCGGGUCGGCAAAGAGCAGCCGAAGGGCAAUGACGCAAGAGCUAAGCCGUACAUCCGCGACUUGAACGGAGACGGGACGGGUUAACACGUGUCAUUGGGAAAUGUAGGUACGAUAAUAGAACGGGAUUACUCGUGCACGUGCAGGUCUUCUACGAGGUGGACCGGAUCGCGCGGUAGACGAACACUGCCUAGCACUUCAACAACAUUCCGGGGAGCCCUCCGUAAAAAAUACAGGCGUAGUCUAUGACCAAGCCAAGCAUGGACUACGUCAUCAUUUGGACGCCGCCUCCCGAUUUGUUUUGCGUACGAAUGAGGGCAUGCACCUUCCGUCUUUAAUGCGUGUACGCUUGAAGUCUUUAUACGCUGUUAGGAUGAGUAUAAGCCGUUUUGCUCACGUACAACACAAGGCGAUUGCUUGUUGUAAGGUGUGUUUCGCGAGCGAGCGAUUAAUCCUU